UAUCAUUGAACACAACAACCAAAUUGUUUAUAAUAUCGUAAUAAAUAAAUAAGUAAAUUAGGGUUUCAAUUGCCAAAUGGCAGCCCUUUCAGCACAAAACUCUACCCGAUUCACAAUCGGAGCUCAGGCUUAAUCAUACCUAUCAUUGCAAUUAUAAUCGUCGGCAUAAAUAUUAUCAUUAUUUCUAACAAUAUUUAUCGUUUCAUAAGAAAUUCAUUUCGUUUACUUAAAAAACCUUUUGCUUCGCAUUUCAAUGUACUAUGUGGUCGGACAUUGAAAGCGUACUUCUUGGCGACCAUUUCGCCCAUCAAACGGAUCCGAUGGCACCGAAAGCGACGGUUGUGUUGGUGUCGCACAACAGCUGUGUUGGCCCGCAAUCGCUGUCUCACGUGAGCCGACAUUCACUGCCGCCCUCGUCGUCGCCCAACGCGGCGCCCGAUCUCACGUCACUCAUGACUGUUCAACACUCCGGACAACACUUACAUCUCAACAGUGCAUCACAUCUCACACCACAACCACAACACCAAACCACACAUCAUAUGACGUCUGGCCCGCAGUUCAGUGAUAGCGGUGUCGGCGCCGGCCGUGAAUUGCCCGCCGAUAACCGUUACGACGAUAUGACUCUUGAUUUGACUGAUUUUAUGUUAAGUGCGGACACAAGUGCUCAGUUGUAUAGCGCCGGCGACUCCGUCACUGCGGUGGCCGUCACCGCCGCCGCCAACCAUAACCUCAUCCACACGUAUAAUAUGGUAAACAUGACGACACCUCAACCGCCGGCCGCCGCGCCUGUCGUCAAACUGGAGCCGAAGGACACAAUGCCUAUACUUCACCAACAGUUAGUUCAGCCGCAAGUAAUGGUUCCCAUAUGUGUCGAGUCGACCAAAACCUGCGCAACCGUUCAAAUACCCAGUGUUUUGCCGCCGUAUGGGAAGUGGACGCCCAGCGCCGGACUGGCCCUACAAAUCCCGUCCACACAAAUGUCACCGCCGGCCUCACCCGAGCGACAGCAACAACAACUCCAACAACAAACUCAAUACCAAACGUCUAACUUAGCGGUCAUUAAACUCAUUCAACAACAACAGCAACAAAUCUCUGGCCCACAAACCCAGACAACGUUAGUUAAGCCGAUCAAUGGUAUGCCAAUGAGUGCCUCCGCGCCCAUCAGUUCGCUGCCGCACCACAAGAUGGUUACGCCUCCCUCUUCGCCCAAUUUGGCCGAACUCUUGUCGAGCGCCGGCUGUGCGGCCGCCUAUCCGUCGGCCUGUGUUUUGGCCCCCAUUAACGACCCGCGAGUCCUGAAGACGAGUCAACCCAACGCCAGAGGGAAAGCCGCCAAAAGCAAUAAGAAUGGCUCAAAUGGGACGACAACUGUACGCAAGAAGACUACAUCGCAUUCGUGUUCACAUCCGGGCUGUACGAAGACCUAUACGAAGAGCUCACACCUGAAGGCCCACUUGAGGACACAUACGGGUGAAAAGCCCUAUCAGUGCAAUUGGAAGGGCUGCGGCUGGAAGUUCGCCCGAUCUGAUGAACUG